UUUUUCUGCGGGCAGUGCUGUUCCAUCAUCCGCAAAUCAAAUGUUUAUAGAAUAGUGCGGCGGGCGUGUUCGACGUUUGAAAAUUCGAAUUCCUCGAGACGACGAUCGGCCGCUGCUCGAGGAAACGUGCGCAUAAUCUGCUCGUCGAACGAUGUCCGGCGAUGUGCAGCCAAGAAAGCGCAAGGACAAGCGACGCAAAAAAGCAGACGGGGAAUACACUAUUCAAAGGAUACGUGGUGCGAGUAUCGACGAUGAGGACACCGGUACUCCACCGCCCACUUUGAUCAGCUCGGCCGACACUUCUACGGAAAAUGUCUCUAUUCAUAUCUAUAAAGAAAGCAGCACAGGCGGACAUUGGUGCGCGCGUAUCAUAUUCUUUGUUUUACUAGCCGUUCUCGUUGGGCUGAUUGGUAUAAUAAUCAUCGAACACAGAGGGACUACAGACGUCGACACGCCAGUAGCUUCGUCACGCUGGGCAAGUAUAUUUGAAGGCUGGGUAGAUGAUUCGCUACCUAGUCAUGGCGACGAGUCGCAUGGUCGAGACGAAACGGCGGAAACAAGUGAGGAAGCAUUAGAAGAAGAGGAGGGGGAGGAGGAAAAAGAGGAACAUGACGAGGAAGAAUCUGCAGAAGCUGAGAGGGAAAAAGAAAGAGAAGGAAGUAUAGAAGAAGACGCUGAAGAAGAUGAAGGAAUUGGCGAAGAAGAAGAAGAAGUAGAACAGGAAGAAGAGACUGAGGAAGGAGAUAGAACAGAAGUAGGAGAAGAAGAAGAAGAGGAAGGAGACGAAGAGGAAGGAAAUGAGCAAGAAGGAGACGAACAAGAAGAAGAGGAAGAGGACAAUGUGGGAUCUGAAGAGGCGGUAGACGAGGUUGAUAGAAAAGAGGAUGAUCAAGAGGAAGACGAAGGUAUUGACGAAGGCGAAGCCGACGAAGAAGGGGACGAUGACGAACAAGAAUUCGAUGAUAAUAGUAUACUGGAAGAGGUUGAGAAUACAAAUGAGGACGAUGAUGGAGAUGAAGGCAAUGAUACACCGGACAAUUUCGAUGCGGAAUUUGAUGCUAGUGCUGAAGAAGCUGACGACAGUUUGGAGGAGAAGGAUAACGAUGUGUCUGAGGAAUUCGCGGGUAUACCCGGUGUUAAUGACAUUGACGAUAAUAGUGACGAGCCUCUGGAGGAGAUAGAAAGUGAAGAAUCAGAAGAGGAUGUAAAUGACGAAGACAGUGUGGAGGAAGAGGAAGAGAUCGAAGAGGAAUCUGCCAGCGUGGCUGUGAAGUUCGGGGUCGGUGUUGCGCUUGUCGUUGCUGCACAUUUCGUUCUCGUUAGACGGUGGAACAAUGUUGAUGUUUCUCCGCGGGAUACAACUGACACGCCUGACCUUUUGAGACGCAAUACAAUAGUUCCACCUCCUCACAUUAAACAAGUAAUCAAAGCAGCUGAGAAUAUUGAAAGUAAAGUACGUGCGCAAGCGCAAGCAGAAACUUACGAAGACUUAAGGUCCAAGUACAAGAAUUUGAAAGAAGAAAAUAUUCUAAGCGACAUCGAAAAACUAUACCCGCAAAGUGGAGCAAAAGAAAAAGAUACACGAUCAACUCAAGGCAGAGCCGAAGAAGAAAUUAGUACAAAUCGGGGCCAAUCUAAAGUAAUAUCAUCUGAGGAAGAGGGGGAAGAAGAAGAUUACGAAGGCGAGGAAUUAGAAACAUCAGAAGGCGAGCGUGUUUCUGGCGCAGAAGAGUACGAGGAAGAACAGGCAGAAGAAGAGGAGGAGGAAGAGGAGGAGGAGGAAGACGAGGAAAUCGAAAAUGUUGACGAUUCGGAGUUAAUAGCUAAGCUUGAGGCAAAGUAUGGAAAAUUACCUACUCCUCAAGAUAGCGAAGCUGAAGAAGAAGAACAAGAGGAAGAAGAGGAGGAGGAGGAGGAAGAAGAAGAAGAAGAAGAGGAGAAUGAUGAAUUGCCAGAAUGGAAACGUAGUAAAACGCCAAAGGACUCCUACGUUGAAUCUCAAACGAGAAGACCUCAGCAACCAACAGGAAUAAAAAGUAAAGAAGCAGAUACUAAUCGAGCCAAAAGUGGAGGGAGAGCUCAUAAUUUUAACAACGUAUCAAAUACUGAUGAUGUAAACGUUUAUGAAGAAAAUGAUUCUACGAUACUUCAGGUCGAAGAAUUUCUCGAUUAGGAUAUAUGCGUUCCUGUAAGAUAAUUUUGAUAUAAAUUUAUUUGUGUUUUCUCAAGCAAAGAGAAACUGUUUUGUCUACAAACGAUCCUACGUUUGUAUCGUACAUUAUUAAUACAAUUGUGUGAUUUGCAGUUUUCAAAUACUAGAAUAUCAGUCAAUUUUAUGUACAUAAGAAAAUUAUAAUCUUCAUUCCCUUCCUACUCUUCACACCUAUAAUUUAUUAUCUAAUUGAUUUUACUUUUGUUUGUUGUACAUAAGAAUGUCUCCAUUUGAAAUGUUUUAACUUUGUUAAGGUUUAACUACUGAUAUAUGUAUAUAUAUAUAUAUAUAUAUCUUAUAUAACUUUUAUACAUGUUAUAUAUAUAUAACAUGUAUAAAAAUUAUAUAACAAAGACAUUAGAUUUUUAUGAAAGUGACUGAUAUAAUACAUAUAUAUAUUAAAAUUAAAUUAAUUUGAAGAAAAAGA